GCGCAUUCGCGUGGAGGCGCGCGGCGGCGGCGCAGGGACAGCAGCGGGGCCCGGCAGCCAGGCGCCACCCCGCGGUCGCGGGCCCCGCAGGCCGGCAGGGCUCGCGCUUUCUCCGCGGCGCAACUUUCGCUGUCCGCAUCCACUCUGCACGCGCCUAGCUGCCUGCGACUUUAAUUAAAGGGCCGUCCCCCUCGCCCCGGCUGCAGCACCGCCCCUCGGUUCCUCGCGCCUCAAAAUGAGUAGCUCUCACUCCCGGGCGGGCCAGAGCGCGGCGGGCGCGGCUCCGGGCGGCGCUGAUACUCGCGACGCCGAGAUGCCGGCCACCGAGAAGGACCUGGCGGAGGACGCGCCGUGGAAGAAGAUCCAGCAGAACACGUUCACGCGCUGGUGCAACGAGCACCUCAAAUGCGUGAGCAAGCGCAUCGCCAACCUGCAGACGGAUCUGAGCGACGGGCUGCGGCUCAUCGCGCUGCUCGAGGUGCUCAGCCAGAAGAAGAUGCACCGCAAGCACAACCAGAGGCCCACCUUCCGCCAGAUGCAGCUGGAGAACGUGUCGGUGGCGCUCGAGUUCCUAGACCGCGAGAGCAUCAAGCUCGUGUCUAUCGACAGCAAGGCCAUCGUGGACGGGAACCUGAAGCUGAUCCUGGGCCUCAUCUGGACCCUGAUCCUGCACUACUCCAUUUCCAUGCCCAUGUGGGAUGAGGAGGAGGAUGAGGAAGCCAAGAAGCAGACGCCCAAGCAGAGGCUCCUGGGCUGGAUCCAGAACAAGCUGCCACAGCUGCCCAUCACCAACUUCAGCCGGGACUGGCAGAGUGGCAGGGCCCUGGGCGCCCUGGUUGACAGCUGCGCUCCAGGCUUGUGCCCCGACUGGGACUCCUGGGACGCCAGCAAGCCUGUGAACAAUGCGCGGGAAGCCAUGCAGCAGGCCGACGACUGGCUGGGCAUCCCGCAGGUCAUCACCCCUGAGGAGAUUGUCGACCCCAAUGUGGACGAGCACUCGGUCAUGACAUACCUGUCGCAGUUCCCCAAGGCCAAGCUGAAGCCAGGGGCUCCCCUGCGCCCCAAACUGAACCCAAAGAAAGCUCGCGCCUACGGGCCAGGCAUCGAGCCCACAGGCAACAUGGUGAAGAAGCGGGCAGAGUUCACAGUGGAGACCAGGAGUGCUGGCCAGGGGGAGGUGCUGGUGUAUGUGGAGGACCCAGCUGGACACCAGGAGGAGGCAAAGGUGACUGCCAACAACGACAAGAACCGAACCUUCUCCGUCUGGUAUGUCCCUGAGGUGACAGGGACUCAUAAGGUCACUGUGCUCUUUGCGGGCCAGCACAUCGCCAAGAGCCCCUUCGAAGUGUAUGUGGACAAGUCCCAGGGUGAUGCCAGCAAGGUGACAGCACAGGGCCCUGGGCUGGAGCCCACUGGCAACAUUGCCAACAAGACCACAUAUUUUGAGAUCUUCACGGCAGGAGCUGGCACCGGCGAGGUGGAGGUUGUGAUCCAGGACCCCACGGGGCAGAAGGGGACAGUGGAGCCACAGCUGGAGGCCCGCGGCGAUAGCACGUACCGCUGCAGCUACCAGCCGAGCAUGGAGGGUGUCCAUACGGUGCACGUCAGCUUCGGCGGCGUGCCCAUCCCGCGCAGCCCCUACACCGUCACUGUGGGCCAAGCCUGUAACCCGGGUGCCUGCCGUGCCGUGGGCCGUGGGCUACAGCCCAAGGGUGUGCGGGUGAAGGAGACGGCUGACUUCAAGGUGUUCACCAAGGGUGCGGGCAGCGGGGAGCUGAAGGUCACCGUCAAGGGGCCCAAGGGCGAGGAGCGUGUGAAGCAGAAAGACCUGGGAGACGGUGUGUACAGCUUCGAGUACUACCCCAUGACCCCUGGCACCUACAUUGUCACCAUCACUUGGGGUGGCCAGAACAUCGGCCGCAGCCCCUUCGAGGUGAAGGUGGGCACUGAGUGUGGCAAUCAGAAGGUGCGCGCCUGGGGCCCAGGGCUGGAGGGCGGCGUGGUGGGCAAGUCGGCAGACUUCGUUGUGGAGGCCAUUGGGGAUGAUGUGGGCACUCUGGGUUUCUCUGUGGAAGGCCCGUCACAAGCCAAGAUUGAGUGUGAUGACAAGGGGGAUGGCUCUUGCGACGUACGCUACUGGCCCCAGGAGCCAGGCGAGUACGCAGUGCACGUGCUGUGUAACAGCGAGGACAUCCGUCUCAGCCCCUUCAUGGCCGACAUCCGCGAUGCCCCCCCAGACUUCUACCCGGACAGGGUGAAGGCGCGGGGACCUGGACUUGAGAAGACGGGCGUGGCCGUCAACAAGCCGGCCGAGUUCACAGUGGAUGCCAAGCUCGGUGGGAAGGCGCCUCUGCGGGUCCAAGUACAGGACAACGAGGGUUGCCCUGUGGAAACAUCAGUCAAGGACAAUGGCAACGGUACCUACAGCUGCUCGUACGUGCCCAGGAAGCCGGUGAAGCACACGGCCAUGGUGUCCUGGGGGGGAGUCAGCAUCCCCAAUAGCCCCUUCCGGGUGAACGUGGGAGCUGGGAGCCACCCAAACAAGGUCAAGGUGUAUGGUCCAGGUGUGGCCAAGACAGGGCUCAAGGCACAUGAGCCCACCUACUUCACUGUAGACUGUACGGAGGCUGGACAGGGUGAUGUCAGCAUCGGCAUCAAGUGUGCCCCUGGCGUCGUGGGCCCCGCUGAGGCCGACAUUGACUUUGACAUCAUCCGCAAUGACAAUGAUACCUUCACGGUCAAGUACACACCGCGUGGGGCGGGCAGCUACACCAUCAUGGUCCUCUUUGCUGACCAAGCCACGCCUACCAGCCCCAUUCGGGUCAAGGUGGAGCCAUCCCAUGAUGCCAGCAAGGUGAAGGCUGAGGGCCCCGGCCUCAGUCGCACCGGGGUCGAGCUGGGCAAGCCUACCCACUUCACAGUCAACGCCAAAAGUGCCGGCAAAGGCAAGCUGGAUGUGCAGUUCUCGGGGCUAAACAAAGGGGACGCAGUGAGGGAUGUAGACGUCAUCGACCAUCAUGACAAUACCUACACGGUCAAGUACACACCCGUGCAGCAGGGCCCAGUGGGUGUCAACGUCACCUACGGAGGAGAUCCUAUCCCCAAGAGCCCCUUCUCUGUGGGGGUGUCUCCAAGCCUGGACCUCAGCAAGAUCAAGGUGUCCGGCUUGGGCGAGAAGGUGGAUGUCGGCAAAGACCAGGAGUUCACGGUCAAGUCGAAGGGUGCAGGGGGCCAAGGCAAAGUGGCCUCCAAGGUUGUGGGCCCUUCGGGGGCUGUGGUGCCCUGCAAGGUGGAACCUGGCCUGGGUGCCGACAACAGCGUGGUCCGCUUUGUGCCCCGCGAUGAAGGUCCCUACGAGGUGGAAGUGACCUACGAUGGCGUGCCCGUGCCGGGCAGCCCUUUCCCUCUGGAAGCUGUGGCCCCCGGCAAGCCGAGCAAGGCACACGCACUUCCCUGCUUUGAUGCCUCCAAGGUCAAGUGCUCGGGCCCAGGACUGGAGCGGGCCACCGCUGGUGAGGCCGGCCAGUUCCACGUGGACUGCUCCAGUGCAGGCAAUGCUGAGUUGACCAUUGAGAUCUGUUCAGAGGCGGGGCUGCCGGCUGAGGUACAUAUCCAGGAUCACGGCGACGGCACACACACCAUCACCUAUAUCCCUCUCUGCCCCGGCGCCUACACCAUCACCAUCAAGUACGGCGGCCAGCCCGUGCCCAACUUCCCCAGCAAGCUGCAAGUGGAGCCCGCUGUGGACACAUCAGGUGUCCAGUGCUAUGGGCCUGGAAUCGAGGGCCAAGGCGUUUUUCGAGAGGCCACCACCGAGUUCAGUGUGGAUGCGCGGGCCCUGACCCAGACUGGGGGCCCCCACGUCAAGGCUCGUGUGGCCAACCCCUCAGGCAGCCUGACCGAGACCUUCGUGCAGGACCGUGGGGAUGGCACAUAUAAAGUAGAGUACACGCCGUAUGAGGAGGGCCUCCACUCUGUGGACGUGACCUAUGAUGGCAGCCCCGUGCCCAGCAGCCCCUUCCAGGUGCCGGUCACUGAGGGCUGCGACCCCUCCCGCGUGCGGGUCCACGGACCAGGCAUCCAGAGUGGCACCACCAAUAAGCCCAACAAGUUCACCGUGGAGACCAGGGGCGCCGGCACCGGGGGGCUGGGCCUGGCUGUCGAGGGCCCGUCUGAGGCAAAGAUGUCAUGCAUGGAUAACAAGGACGGCAGCUGCUCGGUCGAGUACAUCCCCUAUGAGGCUGGCACCUACAGCCUAAACGUCACCUAUGGUGGCCACCAAGUACCAGGCAGUCCUUUCAAGGUCCCUGUGCAUGAUGUGACAGAUGCCACCAAAGUCAAGUGCUCCGGGCCUGGCCUAAGCCCAGGAAUGGUCCGUGCCAACCUCCCUCAGUCCUUCCAGGUGGACACGAGCAAGGCUGGUGUGGCUCCAUUACAGGUCAAAGUGCAAGGGCCCAAAGGUCUGGUGGAGCCAGUGGAUGUCGUGGACAACGCUGAUGGUACCCAGACUGUCAAGUAUGUGCCCAGCCGCGAAGGGCCCUACAGCAUCUCGGUGCUGUAUGGGGAUGAGGAGGUGCCCCGAAGCCCCUUCAAGGUCAAGGUGUUGCCUACUCACGACGCCAGUAAAGUAAAGGCCAGUGGCCCCGGGCUCAACACCAGCGGCGUGCCCGCCAGUCUGCCAGUGGAAUUCACCAUCGAUGCCAAGGAUGCUGGGGAGGGCCUGCUGGCCGUGCAGAUCACGGACCCAGAGGGCAAGCCCAAGAAGACCCACAUCCAGGACAACCAUGACGGCACCUAUACUGUGGCCUACGUGCCCGAUGUGACAGGCCGCUAUACGAUCCUUGUCAAGUAUGGCGGCGAUGAGAUCCCCUUCUCCCCGUACCGCGUGCGCGCCGUGCCCACUGGGGACGCCAGCAAGUGCACGGUCACAGUGUCAAUCGGAGGUCACGGGCUAGGUGCUGGCAUCGGCCCCACCAUCCAGAUUGGGGAAGAGACGGUGAUCACCGUGGACGCCAAGGCAGCAGGCAAGGGCAAGGUUACCUGCACCGUGUGCACGCCCGAUGGCUCGGAGGUGGACGUGGACGUGGUAGAGAAUGCAGACGGCACGUUCGACAUCUUCUACACGGCACCACAGCCGGGCAAAUACGUCAUCUGUGUGCGCUUUGGGGGCGAGCACGUGCCCAACAGCCCCUUCCAAGUGACGGCUCUGGCUGGGGACCAGCCCGUGGCGCAGCCCUCUUUGCGGCCUCAGCAGCUGGCCCCUCCGUAUACCUACGCCCAGGGUGGCCAGCAGACCUGGGCCCCGGAGAGACCCCUGGUGGGAGUCAAUGGGCUGGAUGUGACCAGCCUGAGACCCUUCGAUCUCGUCAUCCCCUUUACCAUCAAGAAGGGGGAGAUCACUGGGGAGGUACGGAUGCCCUCGGGCAAAGUGGCACAGCCCGCCAUCACCGACAACAAGGAUGGCACUGUGACCGUGCGCUAUGCACCCAGCGAGGCCGGUCUACAUGAGAUGGACAUCCGCUACGACAACAUGCACAUCCCAGGAAGCCCCCUGCAGUUCUACGUGGAUUAUGUCAACUGUGGCCACGUCACCGCCUAUGGGCCUGGCCUCACGCAUGGGGUGGUGAACAAGCCUGCUGUGUUCACUGUCAACACCAAGGACGCAGGAGAGGGGGGUCUGUCCCUGGCCAUCGAAGGCCCAUCCAAAGCGGAGAUUAGCUGCACCGACAACCAGGACGGCACAUGCAGUGUCUCCUACCUGCCAGUGCUGCCCGGCGAUUACAGCAUCCUGGUCAAGUACAAUGAGCAGCACAUCCCUGGCAGCCCUUUCACGGCCCGGGUCACAGGGGACGACUCCAUGCGUAUGUCCCACCUGAAGGUGGGCUCCGCUGCAGACAUCCCCAUCAACAUCUCUGAGACCGACCUCAGCCUGCUCACGGCCACCGUGGUGCCACCGUCAGGUCGAGAGGAGCCGUGCCUAUUAAAGCGACUGCGCAACGGCCACGUGGGGAUCUCCUUCGUACCCAAAGAGACUGGGGAGCACUUGGUGCAUGUCAAGAAGAACGGCCAGCACGUGGCGAGCAGCCCCAUCCCGGUGGUGAUCAACCAGUCAGAGAUCGGAGAUGCCAGCCGUGUGCGGGUGUCAGGCCAAGGCUUGCACGAGGGCCAUACCUUCGAGCCCGCCGAGUUUAUCAUUGACACCCGUGAUGCAGGCUAUGGUGGGCUCAGUCUGUCGAUUGAGGGACCUAGCAAGGUGGACAUCAACACGGAGGACCUGGAGGAUGGCACAUGCAGGGUCACCUACUGCCCCACUGAGCCCGGAAACUACAUCAUCAACAUCAAGUUUGCUGACCAGCACGUCCCAGGCAGCCCUUUCUCUGUGAAGGUGACAGGCGAGGGCCGCGUGAAGGAGAGUAUCACGCGCAGGCGCCGGGCCCCUUCGGUGGCUAAUGUCGGCAGUCACUGUGACCUUAGUCUGAAGAUCCCAGAAAUUAGCAUCCAGGACAUGACGGCCCAGGUGACCAGCCCAUCGGGCAAAACCCACGAGGCCGAGAUCGUGGAAGGAGAGAACCAUACCUACUGCAUCCGCUUCGUGCCUGCCGAGAUGGGCAUGCACACGGUCAGCGUCAAGUACAAGGGCCAGCACGUGCCAGGGAGCCCCUUUCAGUUCACUGUGGGGCCCCUGGGAGAAGGAGGAGCCCAUAAGGUUCGUGCUGGGGGCCCUGGCCUAGAGAGGGCUGAAGCCGGAGUACCAGCCGAAUUCAGCAUCUGGACCCGAGAAGCUGGGGCUGGGGGCCUAGCCAUCGCAGUGGAGGGCCCCAGUAAGGCCGAGAUUUCCUUUGAGGACCGCAAGGAUGGCUCCUGUGGCGUGGCUUAUGUGGUUCAGGAGCCAGGUGACUACGAGGUCUCCAUCAAGUUCAAUGAGGAGCACAUCCCUGACAGCCCCUUCGUGGUGCCUGUGGCCUCUCCGUCUGGCGACGCCCGCCGCCUUACUGUUUCUAGUCUUCAGGAGUCAGGGCUAAAGGUCAACCAGCCAGCCUCUUUUGCAGUCAGCCUGAACGGGGCCAAGGGGGUAAUCGAUGCCAAGGUGCACAGCCCCUCAGGAGCCCUGGAGGAGUGCUAUGUCACAGAGAUUGACCAAGAUAAGUAUGCUGUGCGCUUUAUCCCGCGGGAAAAUGGCAUCUACCUGAUCGAUGUCAAGUUCAAUGGCACCCACAUCCCUGGAAGCCCCUUCAAGAUCCGAGUUGGGGAGCCUGGACACGGAGGGGACCCGGGCCUAGUGUCCGCCUACGGAGCAGGCCUGGAAGGCGGAGUCACAGGGAGCCCCUGUGAGUUUAUUGUGAACACGAGUAACGCCGGCGCCGGCGCCCUGUCAGUGACCAUUGACGGCCCCUCCAAGGUGAAGAUGGAUUGCCAAGAGUGCCCCGAGGGCUACCGUGUCACCUACACCCCCAUGGCACCGGGCAGCUACCUCAUCUCCAUCAAGUACGGUGGCCCCUACCACAUUGGAGGCAGCCCCUUUAAGGCCAAGGUCACAGGCCCCCGCCUCGUCAGCAACCACAGCCUGCACGAGACAUCGUCGGUGUUUGUGGAUUCCCUGACCAAAUCAGCCAACGCCCCACAGCACGGGCCCCCAGUGGGUGCCGCCGACGCUAGCAAGGUGCUAGCCAAGGGCCUGGGGCUGAGCAAGGCCUACGCGGGUCAGAAGAGCAGCUUCACGGUGGACUGCAGCAAAGCAGGGAACAACAUGCUGCUGGUGGGGGUGCACGGCCCCCGGACGCCCUGCGAGGAGAUUCUGGUGAAGCACGUGGGCAGCCGGCUCUACAGCGUGUCCUACCUGCUCAAGGACAAGGGCGAGUACACGCUGGUGGUCAAGUGGGGUGACCAGCACAUUCCAGGAAGCCCCUAUCGCAUCCUGGUGCCCUGAGCUUCCUGCUGGAGCUGGCAGUGCCCCUGCGCACCCUCCCAGCCCCUCCUCUCCGCAGCCCUGGAGUCCCGGCCAGCUGGCCGCCCCGUCACUGCAGCCGCCCCUGCCCCGCGCUGCGCUCACCUGCCUCCACUAGGGCAAAGGAGAGAGGCAAGCAGAUGUCUUCUUCGGUUCUGAGGGUGGUGAAGGGUGCUGUCCCGUGUACCCCACUGGUUCCCUUUCCUAACCAAGAGGAAUAAAGUUCUGCUUCUGUUGUCCUAAGA